AUGGCGGUUGUGUAGUGUGUGCGGUGGUGAUUGUGGUGUGAUGUUUUCAUGUAAACUGCUGGUUUAUGAGAGAACUGUUGAGGUAUUGAAGAGGAAAUGUAAUGGAUGUUGUACAGUGGUGCGCUCCGAAGGAAUAACUCCGUUGUAAAGUGGUGGAAAUGGUGAUGCUGUUCUGGCGGGAUUAUCGGGUGUCGCAGAGCAGUGAUCAACGAGCGCAGUGAUUUUUCGCAAACGAUCGAGCGACGCAGUUGCAGGCUGAAUACUACCAGCAUCGGCGGCCCCGGGUGGCUAAGAGGUGCAGUGGAGCAAAUCACAUGACCAAAGCAGCAGUUUCCAGGCGUCUCCAUACGUCGGCAUAGGGACCAGCCGCCACCUUGGGACAGCGGAUGUCAAACGCAGCGACGUCCUUCGCUGAAUCAGGUGGCGGCGGCAGGAUGGACGGGGUGCGCGCGCUGGACGUGCUGUCGCUGCUGCAGGAGCGGCUGGCCGUGCUGACGGGGGGCCGCGACCGGCGCGGCGGGCCCGUGCUCGCCUUCCCCGCCACGCCGCGGCGAGAGCGCGCCAAGCCCGACGACUACCGCCGCCUGCUCCAGUACCUGCUCGCCAUCCCCUGCGAGGAGGUGCGCGAGCAGGGCUUCACGGUGGUGAUCGACAUGCGCGGCGCCACCUGGAGCACGGUGAAGCCCAUCCUGAAGGUGCUGCAGGAGCACUUCCCCGGCUCCGUGCACCUCGCCUGCAUCAUCAAGCCCGACAACUUCUGGCAGAAGCAGCGCACGUCCCUCGCCAGCCACAAGUACAAGUUCGAGACCAACAUGAUCAGCCUGGAAGCACUGCCAAAAAUUAUUGAUACUUCUCAGUUGACAUCUGACUUGGAAGGAACGCUGCAUUACGACCAUUCGCAGUGGAUAGAUAUGAGACUGGCUUUAGAAGAUUUUAUAUGGCAAGCAGCUGACUUGCUCGAUCGCCUUGAUGAUCUCCAAGAAGACUUGAGUAGAAAUGACCUUGCAAGUGAUAUUGCAGGAGCAAAGCAUGGCAUUGACGUGCACAAUGAAAUGAAGAAGAAGAUUAUGAAAGCACCUGUAGAAGAAAUUGAUCUCAUUGGUCAGAGACUUUUGCAGAGGUUAUCUGGAGAUUCAAACAGUGGCUAUGAUUCCGGAUAUUCUGGAAGAGACAGUGAAGCCAGCUCAGUUGUAGCAAAUCCCGACCUCCAAGCCUGUGUUCCUCAAAUAUUGCAGAACUUGGAGGCAGUCCACUCUUCCCAGCAACACCUUUUACAACUGUGGCAUCACAAAAAACUGAAACUAGAUCAGUGCUUCCAGCUGAGACUAUUUGAACAGGACUGUGAAAAGAUGUUUGACUGGAUUUGUCACAACCGAGAUGUGUUCCUUAUGAAUUAUGUUGAAAUUGGCCAUUCCUACAAAGUAGCGAAAGAGCUGCAAGAAGAACAUAAUCAUUUCACUAUGAGUUCCAUGAACGUGUAUGUAAAUAUUAAUAGGAUUUUAACUGUAGCUUCCCGCCUAAUAGAAAGUAAUCACUAUGCUGCUCAACACAUUCGUACUGUGGCAAGCAGGCUUGACAGGACAUGGAAGGAGUUUGCAGCAGGCUUGGAUGAAAGAACAUCUGUUUUGGCUCUUUCUGUGUUGUUUCACCAUAAAGCUGAACAGUAUGUUGAAAAUGUAUCGAAUUGGAAUCAGGCCUGUGAAAACAUGACAAUACCAAGUGAAAUAAUAGUUUUAGAGACAGCAAUACAUCAACACCAAAGUCUCUAUGAAUCUAUGUGCCAGGCAUAUACAGAGGUUCAUAGCACUAGCAAAAAACUGCUAUAUCAGCUCGACCACCUGGUUCAGAUCUGUAACCAACCUGGAAUGGAAUCAGCUCGGAAACAUAGUACAAGAAGAAAGCAGAAGGGGCAUCCAGUUACAUCAGAUGGACAGGUAGUAUUUGAACCAGCAGGAAGGCAUACAGGUAAUCCUGCUGCUGACUAUUCUGAGGGAGCAAGUCAUGUCUUAGCAGUUAUACAUCAAAUACUAAACCACCACCGGACACUAGAACAGAAAUGGCAUGCGAAGAAAAUCAAACUUCAUCAGCGACUUGCUUUAAGACUUUUUCAAGAAGAUGUCAAACAGGUCCUUGACUGGUUGGCAAACCAUGGAGAAGUUUUCCUUCGAAAAAAUGUUGGUAUAGGACGCAACUUACAGAAAGCACGUGUUUAUCAGAAGAGCCAUGAACACUUUGAAAAUGUUGCACAGAACACGUACACGAACGCGGAGAAGCUGCUGACGGCGGCCGAGGAGCUGGCGCAGACGGGCGAGUGCAACGCGGACGAGAUCUACUCGGUGGCGCGCGAGCUCGAGAGCCACGUGACGAGCUUCGCGGCCCGCGUCGAGCAGCGGCGGCGCCGGCUCGAUCUCGCCGUCCUCUUCUACACGCACGAGAAGGAGCUGUCCGGGUGGGCGGACGAGCUUCGCGGGGAGCUGGUGGCGGAUGAGGCGGCGGACACGCUGGAGGCGGCGGAGCGGCUGCUAGAGCAGUGCCGCGACCAGCGCGCCUCCUCGCUGGACGCGUGCGCCUCCACCAUCGCGCAGGGCGAGACCCUGCUGCAGGAGCUCAGGUCGGCGGGCGUCACGCCGGAGAUGGACGCGACGGGCUCGGUGGCGGCGGUGGAGGCGGCGCUGGGCCGGCUGGGCAAGACGCGCGACGAGCUGGAGGCGCUGUGGGACGCGCGCAAGCUGCGCCUCGACCUGUGCCUGCGGCUGCGCCUGUUCGAGCGCGACGCGCUGGAGGUGUCCUCGCAGCUGGACCUCUGGUCCGACCAGCUGCAGCGCGCCGACACGUGCCGCGACGCCGCCCAGGCCGAGGCCAUGCUGCGACUGCACAACGAGAGCGUCGCGCGCAUGCAGGCCACCACCUUCGCCGUGCUCCAGCAGGGCCAGGAGCUCGCGCAGGCAUUUGAGACAUCGGGACUGUCUCUAAUGGCUGACUCGCAGUAUUCUGCACAGACACGGGUGCAGGUGCUGCUUGAAUUUCUGCAUGAAAGAGAAAUGGACCUGGAGGACCUUGCAGAGUUGCGCCGUGUCAAACUGGAGCAAUGCCUUCAGCUGUGUCAGUUUCAGGCAGAUGCUAAUCAGGUGGUUAGCUGGAUACGUAAUGGUGAAGCAAUGCUUAUGGCUAGUUUUGCCAUUCCAAGCUGCUUACAGGAUGCUGAGCAGCUGAAGAAAGAACAUGAACAGUUCCAGGUUGCCAUAGAGAAAACUCACACUUCUGCAGUACAAGUCAAACAUAGAGCAGAAGCCCUGAUAAGUGCAAACCAUUAUGAUCCUCAAAGCAUAAGAGAAAUUGCUGAAGAGGUAACCAAGAGGUGGCAGCAGCUCGUUACCUGUGCAGAAGAGAGGCACAAAUUGGUUACAGCCAGCAUAAAUUUCUAUAAGACUGCAGAGCAAGUGUGUUCAGUACUGGACAGUUUAGAAAGAGAGUACAAGCGUGACGAGGACUGGUGUGGCAGCAGUAGUGGCACAACCAGUACAUCAGAUAAAACAGACAAAGCGACUAUGGUGUCGCAGCUGAUCAACAAACAUCAAGAGCAGAAGGAAGCAUUCCUCAAAGCAUGUACACUUGCUCGCAGAACGGCUGAAACUUUUCUGAAGUACACUAGCCGAAGCCUGCAGUAUUACAAUUACCAGGGUGAAACUAGUAGUCGCAACUCAGAGAACAGGGUUAAAAACAUCUUGGAAAAACUGUUAAGCCAAGAGAACAAAGUUUUGGAGCACUGGACUCAACGUAAGAAACGGCUUGAUCAAUGCCAACAGUAUGUUUUGUUUGAAAGAUCUGCAAAACAAGCGAUUGAAUGGAUUCAUGAGACAGGAGAGUUUUAUUUGUCAACACACACAAAUGUUGGACAGAAUAAGGAAGAGACAGAAACUCUGUUGUCAGAGCAUAACGAAUUCAAAGGAACUGCUAAGGAAACAAGGGAACGUGUGAAGCUCUUGAUUCAAUUAGCAGACAGUCUUGUGGAGAAAGGCCAUGCACAUGCAAGUUCGAUAAAACAGUGGGUUGCUGCUGUUGACAAUAGGUACAAAGAUUUCAGCUCUCGCAUGGACAAAUACCGGGCUCAGUUGGAAAGCUCAUUAGGAAUCCAAGAAGAAGGAGAAAACAGGCAGGACCUAUCAAUUGAUAGGAACUCUGAUCCACUGCUGGAAACUAAGCUGAAAGACGCUGCAAAUAAAGAACUGAAAGAACUUAAUGAGGAAAAAAGAAAAUCAGCUAGAAGAAAAGAGUUUAUAAUGGCAGAACUUCUCCAGACUGAACGAACAUAUGUCAAAGACCUUGAGACUUGCAUCAAGUCUUUUUUAGAUGAAAUGAAAUCAAAUCCAUCUGUACCAGGACCCAUUCAAGGAAAAGAUGACAUAAUAUUUGGGAAUAUGGAAGAAAUAUAUGACUUCCAUAACAGUGUUUUUCUGAAAGAACUUGAAAAGUAUGAGACCAUGCCUGAAGAUGUUGGGCACUGUUUUGUUACUUGGGCCCAGAAGUUUGACAUGUAUGUUAAAUAUUGUAAGAAUAAGCCUGAGUCAAACUCGCUUCUAGUACAGCAUGGUGGCAGUUUCUUUGAAGAAAUGCAAAAAAAGCACAAAGUUGAGCAUCCUAUAGCAGCAUACCUCAUAAAACCUGUACAGAGAAUUACUAAAUACCAACUCCUGUUAAAGGACCUACAGUCUUGUUGUGAGGAGGAUCAGGGUGAAAUUAAGGAUGGCCUAGAUGUUAUGUUAAAUGUUCCCAAAAAGGCGAAUGAUGCAAUGCACCUUUCCCUCUUAGAAGGCUGUGAUAUGAGUUCAGACAAACUUGGGGAAGUUGUACUGCAAGAUACUUUCCAUGUCUGGGAUCCUAAACAAAUAAUUCGGAAAGGCCGAGAAAGACAUAUUUUUCUCUUUGAGUUAUAUUUACUCUUCAGUAAAGAAGUAAAAGAUUCCAGUGGAAAAGCAAAAUAUAUUUACAAAAACAAACUGAUGACAUCUGAACUUGGAGUAACAGAACACAUUGAAGGUGAUGAGUGUAAAUUUGCUGUGUGGACUGGAAGGGCACCAAUAUCAGAUUACAGGAUAGUACUAAAGGCCUCUUCACUUGAUGUGAAACAGACAUGGGUAAAAAAGCUCCGUGAAGUCAUUCAGGAAACCUAUUUCAGUUCAGCUUUACCUCUCAGCAUGCCAAAGAGCCCAGCAAAACUGAAGCCAGGCAGUCAACGUUCCAGCAGGGACCUGGAUGACUCGGCGUCCCUGGACGAGAGCGUGGAGAACCUGGACCGGGGAUCCCUGGCGUCCUUCGGCUCGGGCAACACCACCGAUUCCGAUAAGGCGGGCGGCGUGGAGAUGACGUGGGUGGUGGCGGACCACGUGGCCGCGGCGGGCAGCCACGAGCUGAGCGUGACCAAGGGGCAGCAGGUGGAGGUGGUGGAGGCGGCGGGCGCCGACUGGUGCCUGGUGCGGAUGCCGAGCGCGGGCGUCGACUCGCCGCCCGAGGGCCUGGUGCCGCUCGCCGUGCUCAAGCAACCGCCCGCCGCCGCCAAGACGACGUCUCCGCAGCGCAAGCCCGCCCCAGACCACGACUCUGAGCCGGGCACCAGCGACGGCAGCAGCGUCGGCCCUGCAACCACCAACUCGCCCGUCAACAAGCGGAGGGUCUUCAGCGGGAGGAAAUGGCUGCCGCCGCCGUUGCGGAAGCUGAGCCAGGGCAGCAAGGUGGACAAGUCGGCCGCCGCCCCCGCUGCCGCCUCCGCCCCCGCCGACCGGCCGCCCCUCAAGAAAACUGCCUCCGAUAAGAGGUUCAAGCUGCCAUCUGGGGAAAUGGGCAACAAGCAUGCAGUGGCACAACCGGAGGGUGAAGAGUCGAGCGCAGAAGAGCGGCUAGCACCAGCUCCCAGCUCGCGGCCACCCUUCGUGGACCAGAAUGGCGAGGAGCCAGAGGAUGAUGUAGAGCUGCCACCACCCAUGAAACCCAUCAGUGAGCCACUCGUUGUCGCAGGUGCUGCCUCUGCUGACGAGAGCCAGGGCAAGCGGUCAUCCAGCCUCUCUCUCAAGGCAUUGGAGGGAGCCACAUCUGCUGACUUGGCUGAAAUAGAGCAAAUCGUCAAAGAGCGAAUGGAGCAGCACACAGAAAAUCAAGAAAGGAACAGUCUCCUUAAUCGAGAUUCUAAAGUGUCGAGUGAAAUGGCAUCUGAUGGUGAAACAAGCACAAAUACUGCUAGUGAAGGGCAGGGGACUUGUGAAGAAGAGACAGCUGAUGAUAAAGGUGGAGGGAGCAGGGAAGGGGGUGAAGCACAAGGCAGUGCCAGUGGCACGACAGCUGCGCCAAGUGACAGUGAAAGUGUUGAGGACGCGGCAGUUGCCGCCAUACGCAAACGUGAAUACGUAAUUAGAGAAUUGGUGGAGACUGAGAGGGACUAUGUCCGUGAUCUGGAAUAUGUUACAGAGGGCUACAUGCCUCUUAUGAGGAAUCCAGACUGUGAAAUACCAAUGCCUGAGGAUCUGAGAGGAGGCAAAGACAAAAUGGUGUUUGGAAACUUGGAAGCAAUCUAUGAGUGGCACAGAGACUUCUUUUUGAAGGCUCUAGAGAAAUGCCUCAGCCAUCCAGAAGAACUUGGUCCACUCUUCAAGAGGUAUGAGAGAAAACUGCAUAUGUAUGUGGUUUACUGUCAAAACAAACCCGUUUCGGAGUACAUUGUCUCAGAAUAUGAUAUCUAUUUUGAGGAACUUCGCCAAAAGCUUGGCCAUAAACUGACAUUAGGUGACCUGCUCAUCAAACCUGUUCAGCGCAUUAUGAAGUACCAACUUUUGUUGCGAGACAUCUACAAAUACACUGAACGAGCAAAGCUUCAGAAUGAGAUUGACUCAUUACGUAUUGCACUGCAGGUGAUGCAGGUUGUUCCCAAAGCUGCAAAUGACAUGAUGGAUGUGGGCAGGCUCCAGGGUUUUGAUGGUAAAAUAACAGCACAAGGGAAACUUCUACUUCAUGGCCCAUUGGUGUGUUGUGAAGGGAAUUCAGCAUUUAACUUCAAAGGAAAGGAGUUGCAUGUCUUCUUUUUUGAACAGAAUGUAAUAUUCAGUGAAGCUGUUGGAAAGAAAACUCAGUUCUCCAAUCCAGUGUACAUUUAUAAGGCCCAUAUACAGGUGAAUAAAAUGAGCCUAGAAGAAGUUCCUGAUGAUUGUGAGCCAGGAAAGUUUAUAAUUCGAUCAACUGAUCCCAAUAAGCCCAACUUGUCAUAUGUCUGCCAACCAAUGUCUAAAGAAAGUUGUGAAGAAUGGGUGUCGACAAUUCGGAGUAUUCUGCAGACACAAAAAGACUUUCUGAAAGCACUUCAGUCACCCAUAGAUUAUCAGAGGGGUCAGGAGAAAAAGAAGGAGGUCUCUGCUCCAGAACUGAGUUCAGUUUGGGCCCCUCCAUUAAGGAAGAGCUUGUCACACCCUGCAUCAAGUACAGAAAAGGAAAAUGGAAGAGCUUAUAAGAAUUUUGAUGACUCUGCUUCUCUUCCUUGUCCCAGCACUGCAGCUUCUGCUCUUCUUGAUGCUUAUUCUGUGCCCAGCAAAGCAAUCUAUGAUAGCGAUCAAAGGAGCUUUACUUCAAGUGCAGAUGAAAGCCACUGUUCAGACAAGAGUAACAGAACUCAGAGCCCCACAAAAAUGAAGUUGAACUUUUUGGAAGGUUUUCGCAACACACUACGUUCACGGACUAAAAGUGAUGUGGCUUGCUACAGUGAGUGUGAAUGGAACAGUGUCAAGCCUUCAAGUCCAUACACAGGUUCUGGCACUGAUAAAGGCAUUGCAAGGAGGUGGUCUGAAGCAGGCACACCCAAUCUGGUUGAAGUCCCACCACCAAAUAUAAUAGCACCUGGAACCGUUGUACGAGUAGCAGUUGAUUUUCCAGCAGUACACAGCGAUGAACUUACUACAUAUCGUGGUGAGCAUGUGCAAGUAGUGACAUAUAAUGCAGAACGUAAUAGCUAUAUGGUGCGCCGUAGAUCAGAAUCUUCAGCACCAGAAGAUGGGUGGGUGCCUGCACACAUACUUAUGAGAACUGUUUCACGGAAACCAUGGUCAUUCCGUUUUCGAAAACCUGGUUUUAGCACUGGAGGCCGAAGAGGAGAGCGGCGUUCUUUUGAUGGGAGCUUAGGACCAUCUCCAUCUUCAUCAGGCAGGGUAUCGCCUGAUUCUCUUAUACCUGAAUAUCCUGUAGCACCACCAGAAUUCAUUGAGAAGCUACACUGUGUGAACAUUCACUGUGGUAUGCGUGUGGAACUACGAUGCCGCCUUUGUACUCCAGCUGGCAUUGGUGACUUCAGCGAUGUGAAUAUCGUGUGGCGGAGGAGUUCCAAUGUUCAAAGACUCAAUCCUCAUGAUCCAGGGGGUUCAAGUAUUCUUCGAACAGGAGGAAGACUUAGUAUCAGUCUUACGGAAGAUGGGACUGCACAGUUAGUUAUUGAGAACUGUCAACCAUCUGAUGCUGGUGAAUACUCCUGCACUGCUUCUAAUGAGGCUGGAAGUGUUACAACAUCUGCUUCUCUCUGUAUAUCAGGUACAGGUUUGACAUCUACUAUGCAGCCAAGAGUACAAGUUGUCACUGGCACAAGUGUGCUGCUCCAGUGGGAAGGUGACAGCAGCAGUUACUACCAAGUGGAAUGCUACAGGCACUGCUUAGGAGAUGACUGGUUGCCAGUUGGAGGUCCCAUUAGAGGAUUAACUCACGUUGUAGAUGGACUUACACCAGGAGAGACGUAUACAUUCAGAGUGCUCUCCACUGGCCAUGGAAUGGGCACGCCUGUUGCUAGUAUGCCAUCCUCUCCUAUUAUAAUACCACCACCUGAUACAGGUCAUUGGCAGCAAGAGCAGUUCCGAAGACGUUACUCUGAACUGGAAGAAAUUGGUUAUGGUCGAUUUUCAGUAGUGCGCAAAGCAAGAGAUCGUGGUACUUCACAAGAAGUUGCUGUGAAGCAAGUUUAUUGCAAAAGACAAUCACGUGAAGUAACACAGGCAGAAUACGCAUUACUGGCGAGACUACAGCAUUCCAAUAUUGUGAGAGCUCUUGCAUUAUUUGAAAAUGCUCCUCAGCCUGGAAUUGAUUCAAUAGUGAUGGAACUUGUAAAUGGUCCAUCACUGUUUUCGUACCUGUGCAAACAAGUAGUGUAUGAUGAAGAGACAGUCAGCCACUACAUGCAACAGUUGGUGUCUGCUCUAGCAACGCUGCACCAACAAAACAUAUCUCAUCUUGAUCUGAAGCCAGAAAAUGUGCUUGUAGACUUGUCUACUACCAAACCAGUCUUGAAGCUGAUAGAUUUUGGUGAUUCAGUAAGCACAAGAGGUUCUGAAGUGCUGCCUCCAUCAAAUUUGGAAUUUGCUGCACCUGAAAUGGUUCUGGGGAAACCAGUCUGUUGCCAGACAGACAUGUGGAGUGUUGGAGUGUUUCUAUACGUUUUCCUGAGUGGGCUGUCUCCAUUUCUGGAUGAUUCCAUGGAAGAGACCACUUCAAACAUACUGAAGUGUGAUUACUGUUUUCCUGAUGAAUAUUUUGCUGAAAUUACUAAUGAUGGGAAGGACCUAAUUUGCCGCCUUCUUGUCUUAACUCCAGCUCAGCGGGCCAAGCCAGCUGAAUUCUUGUCGUCUCCAUGGUUCAAGGAUGUUCAAAAGAUAUGCUCCAUUCCAACAGCCAGGCUUGCUUCCUUUAUGGAACGGAGGCAGUCCCUAGCUCGACCCAUCCAUCCUGUCCACGCUGUCUCUCAACAGCAGCCUAUGCCUGAGUGAAGAAAGUUAACUGUUUCUACAUGCUGCAUCUUGAUUGUGGCUCUGUUACCAAUAUGAACCUAUAUUUUUGUGCCUUGCAUUGUGACCAAAGUACAGUAUAUUUCACUGUGUAUCUUGCUCAUGAGAAAAAGACAUUUUCAAUUGUUUGCUAGUGGAAGUGCACACUGUAUUGUUAUGUGAAACUGACAAUACUGUUGAUUAAAACAAAAGAGAUGGGAUAAAGUACCAAUUAGAUCUCAUUUAACUCAUUUAUUUAUUGAAAAGACUUUUAUAUGUAGGCUAUGUCUCCCCUGUCUAAAACUUUGUAUUUUAUCCAUUUAACAAUCAAAGCAUUUGUAAGAUCAGUCAUGAAUGCAGUGUGAAUAAUUUUAGUCAUUACUUUAAGCCUAACUUACCUGCAUCAUUUCACACUGCAUGCAAAUCGUCUGUAAAUAGAUUUUAAAAAGUCACGAUAUACGCUUUUUGCUUCAUUGUUAACAUAAGUGACAUACUUUUGUUAAAUAGAGUAUAUUUUAAUUAAUAUAAUUAUGUGCAGCAUUUAUAAAGAAUGAUGACAAUAACAGUUACUGUAACUAAUGACUAUAUAUUGUAAAUUCUAAAAUUAUUUUUGAUAGUUGAUAUUACAAUAUGCACCAAUUGUACAGAUGAACCUUUAUAUAUUUUAUGGAAAAGUAUCUCUUUUUCUGCAGAUAUAGCAGAAGGAGUCAACAUGCCAUUAGCUGCCAUGUAUUUGAGACUGCAUGAUAAAAAGAAAAAUAUAAAGCAAAACUUAACUGA